CUGGAGUGCGCACACCGUGCUAGCAGCUGCGUGUGCGGACCACAUCCUGCUGACAGCGCUCGGGCGGGCGAGCGCGCUCAAUGAUGCGGCCCUCGUGUUGCCGGCGGUCGGCGGGGCCACAUCCCCGUUCCGCCGCGGGAGCCGUGUUCUUAUGACGGCUGGAACGGAGGAACGAGAGCUGUAACGAUUUCUGCAUCACGACCAGCCCAUGGAAUUAUGAAGGAGAUGGUUGGAGGCUGCUGCGUGUGCUCCGACGAGAGGGGAUGGGCAGAGAACCCGCUCGUGUACUGCGAUGGGCACGGCUGUAGCGUGGCAGUGCAUCAAGCUUGUUAUGGGAUUGUUCAGGUGCCUACUGGUCCUUGGUUCUGUAGGAAGUGUGAGUCUCAGGAAAGAGCAGCUCGAGUGAGAUGCGAGCUGUGUCCACUCAAAGAUGGUGCACUGAAAAGGACAGACAGCGGAGGCUGGGCCCACGUUGUCUGUGCACUGUAUAUUCCCGAAGUCCAGUUUGCGAAUGUUCUCACUAUGGAACCUAUACUACUGCAGUAUGUACCGCAUGAACGAUUUCACAAGACAUGCUAUCUCUGUGAAGAGCAGGGAAGAGAAAGCAAAGCUGCAACAGGCGCUUGUAUGACUUGCAAUAGGCACGGGUGCCGACAAGCCUUUCACGUAACUUGUGCCCAGCAGGCCGGGCUUUUAUGUGAAGAAGAAGGCUUAGAGGCAGAUAAUGUCAAGUACUGUGGCUACUGCAAAUCGCACUUCAGCAAAAUGAGCCGUAAGGAUAAGGAGCGUCCCAAGCAUAAACACAAAAAGCCGACUGAAUCCCUUAAUGCUCUUGUGUCACCGGUCUCUGUAACUACUGAAAAGACAUCUUCUACCCACCAUGUGACUACCAAGGAGAGUCUUGAGGUUGUUCGGCAGGAAGUGAAAGUGAAGAAGUCUUCUGGUCGUGGUAGUUUAGGUCAUAAAGGAAAGAAGUCCAGCAGUGGGAAGAGUACUGCCAGUUUCUCCUCCACGUCCUCCAGCAGUCCUUUCCAGCAAGGCACUGUGUGCAGCUCACUUCAGUCUUCCCAAGACUUCGCGAGUUUCAGCAAGUUAGACGAAGAAGAUGAAAAAUAUUUGAAGCCAAUCAGUUCGUCAAAUAGUUCCCCUUCUUACGAAGAACAAAAACUGGACAUCUUUGACCAGAAAUUGACGAUAUCAGGGCUAGGAUCUAUCAUGCGUUUUUCAUCCUCCUCCUCUUGCUCAAAUCAGUUAAAGGCUCGUGAGACAUCACCUAUAGACUACAAAGCCUUAAACCCUGUGACUGUUUCCAGUAGUAACCACAAAAGAAUGCCUUCUCUCAGCAUUGAGGAAGGGGACAUUACAGCAGUGAAAGAGAAGAAGCACAAAGGGAACCGUAAAAGUAAACACGGGCCUGGGCGGCCUAAAGGAAGCAAAAACAAAGAGAGCAACAGCCAAAGCACCACGUCAUUCCCUACCAUUGGCUUUACGAACUCCACUAUAACCACCUGUAGUCGUUCCAUCACUCAUGGGGGUUCUAUCCCAAGUCUUGGUACUGAAUCGUCACUGCUUGGUUCAGGGAUUUACACAAGUAAUAAGGAUCCUAUAUCCCAUAGAGGAGGGGUGUUAAGAACCUCUUGUAGUACACCAUUGUCAUCCAGUAUCCUUCCUCUUCCAGGAGGCACGUCUGUGCCACAGCUGAGCCGAUCCUCCUUACCCAGCACCAUAACAGCUUCAUCAACCUUGUCUGCUACCCAGCCUUUUUCCUUGCCAGGUACCACAAUCAGCCUUUCCUCACAUAUUUUCGGGAGUCCGCUAUCCUCAGGACCAUCUCUUACUCCUCUUCUUAGCCAAUCAGAAAACACACAGCCAGAACCCGAUCUGGAGGACUGUAGCUUUGUAUGCAGAGGGAGUUCUCCAAGGGAAAGUCUGUCCUCAACGUCACCCAUCAGUAGCCUCCCAACCCUGUUUGACCAGACAGUUUCAUGUAGUAGUAGCAGUCAGGUGGAUAAUGCAGCUACUACGACAUCGGACAUAGAGCUACUUCUGGAAAAACAUGAGAAUGGAGACACAGGUGUUAACAUUGUAGAAAUUCUGAAAUCUUUGCACUCAUUGCAGCAGGAGAAUCAGCGCCUGCAGGAACAAAUCAUGAGUCUUACAGCCAAGAAGGAACGUCUGCAGCUACUUAACGUCCAGCUUUCAGUCCCAUUCACCAUGGUGACUAACAGCAGUGUCAUGUCCAGUCAGGCACAGUACAUGUCACAGAAUGUAGGCAGUGGUGACUCGCUGACCAGUAGCAAACGCUCACCUUGCAAAACCAGCUUUGCCACGGAGAACUCUUUUUCCACUUCAUUGGAGGAUCUGCCAUCAGGCUGUCAGAGUAGGAGCAGCUCAUCUCUUUCUCUUCACAGCACGCCACCACCUUUAUCCCUGUCUCAACAGAGUCCUGUACCUCUCUCACUUCCACAGCAGCUGAAUGGCCUUGGAAGAGUGACAUCAGGGACGCUCCAAAAUGCAGCUGCAACUUCUGCCAUUGCCACAGUUCCUGUGGUGGGGGGCAUGAUGGGAAACCUGACAGGAAGUCAGCAACUUGCCAUGAAUGGAAUUAUGGGGAAUUUGAAUGGAGCUGGUUUGUCUGCAGCAGUGAUGGCACAGGCUCAAAACCCACUAGGGCAGUCGGCAGUGCAGCAUAGUGUUCAGAUACCCAACAACAUGAACAGCUUGCCUGUUCUCCUUGCUGAACAACAGAAGCACUUUCUUCAGCAGCAGUUGCAGCAGCUCCUAAACACCCAGCAGCUCACACCUGAGCAGCAAGCAGUGAUCUGCCAGAUGAUACAGCAGCAGCGGCAGCAAGAGUUGCAGCGCCUCCCAGCAGCAGGAUCGUCACAAGUCAGUAACUUACUGGCAGUUACUGCAGCACAGGCCCACCAUUCAGGGAAUGGCAUGAUGACUCCAGGAGCAGCAGUUGCACCUCUGCAUUCUGGGAACUCUUUAAUGGCAUCAGUGGCCCCUGCUCUCAACAGCGGGAGCCUGAUGACAUCACCCACAGCACCACCUCUACUUCCUGGGAACAGCCUGAUCACAUCAUCUGUAGGACCACCAGUGUUGUCACCCCAAACCAUUCCAUUCCUUAAUAUGCACUCAGACAACAGUUCUCAAAAAGCUGGAAGAGUGAAUGAUAAAGGACUGACCAUGAGCCAGGAUAAAGGGUGAGAUGGUCAAAGAAGGUUUGUGACUGAAGGGAGGGACAUUUGCAGUCACUAGAUCAAACGUCCUCUGAACUGAAAACCAGCCUAGAGACAUUACGAGAAGCAAUGCAUAGCAGUUGCUUCAGCGGAACAUUUUGUAUUUUUUUAUGUGGAACCUUUCCUUUGGACAUGCUGCUUCACUGCGGAAAGAUGUGCAUGUUUUAUGCAGCACCUUUUGGAGAGCUGUAUAUGAUUUAUGCAGCAUCCUUUGGAGAUAUGUUUUCAGCUUUGGGUAAGCUUCAUAGGAAAACAACUUGGUGACAAACGUAACCUGGCUGACAGCCAAGCAAAGCUUCAGCACGUCACUCAUACAGCUUGGUUUUUAGGAAGAGGAAAGAAUUUACCAUACUGUUGACAAAAGAUUUCAAACAACCUUUUACUUUAUCAGUAUCUGAUAUCUGUGCAGCUUUGUGGCUUUAGGCACUUCCUUCACUACCUUUUUUUCUUUUUCUUGAUUUUUUUCCUUUUCCAAAAUGUUUUGGCAUCCCCUAACCUAUCAAGAAAGUCACCUGUGCCCUGUUAAAGACAGAGUGGAUUACAAAUUUUGAAUUUUACUGGAGAUGAUAUAUAAACCACUAGCCAAGUAUGAGGUAGACAAAACCAGGAAAAGAGUAAAGAUAUUUAUGAGAGCUUUUCCUUGACACAGCAAUGAGCGAUUCAGAUAACAAAGGUAAUUUCUUUAUACUUGCAACAAUUAACUAAUUGAAAUUUCAUCCUAAGUGUAUGUAAAGAGGACUGGAUCAUGAAAUUAAUACUGCGUUAGUGACCAUAUCUUUGUGUCCCCUGUGCUCAGAUGCAGUGCAAUAUGUUGUGAAGGAGAGUGCAGGACACACCCAAGUGAUGGAUGUGGAUCUGAGUUUUUUUGAUAAAGUUGAUUAUAGCUGAAUUUUUGCUGUGUUGAAAGCCUGUCAGUCAUUCUUGAAACAGUGCCUUUAAUACAUUAAACCGUAUUUUAAAUACUUGAAACUUUACCCGAAAAAAUGGCCCUAUUGACAUAAAUAGGACAUGUCUCUUCUCUGUCUGCUUAUGUUACCGACAUCUGAGCAUCUAGUUGCAGUUGGCAGUUCACAAAAUGUGUCAAGUGACUGCAGGCAGUGUUUAAUUUGCAUCCCUGACAUUAUAAAACAUAUUUUUUGUUUUAAAAGACUCAUUGCUAUUAUUUUAGAAAUUCCUAUUAAACAGAUUUACACACAGAUUAUCUGGAAGAAGCUAAUAACUUGUUCAGGACUGUCAGAAAGCCAGACCUGGGCUAUGACUUUUAUUCGUGGUUAUGUUUCAAAGUUUUCCCUGAGGGGAUCUUGAAAAUUGGCAACUAUUAUAUCCUGUUCAAGUGGUGACGCUCUGAUGAGUCAAUAUUUUACUGACUUUUUUCUAUGCUGUGUUAGAUUACAGAGACAGAUUUGCUCUGAGAAUCUUUGAUGAGACACCUUAACAUUUUGAUUAAAUGGUCAGUACGUCAGUUUCAUCUUUUAUAUGGAAAGUGAUGUGUACGUACCUAGACUGUGUAUUUUGAAGGUGAACACCACUCUACAGAAACACUAUGGUUAUUUGCUGUACAUGAUUUAUAAUCUAUUCAUAUAAAGUCAGCGAUGGUCUUUUAUAUUGGUUGAUUUUAGCUCGGGGGGGGGGGUGUUAGGCUCCACCUUUAAAAAAAACAUAAAGAAUGCAGGGAAGAGAUCCUAUACUCCGCAAGUGUUGACAUGGGUUCAGUGAUGUAGUUAUACACAUCUUAGCAUCUAAACAACAUUUUAUUUGGUAUCAGGGAGCACUGAUUUAGGUGACCUUUUUCAAACUCAGUUGGAAAUCACUGUCUGGUUAAAUUAGAUGCUCAGAGUCUAAUAACAGGCAAAUGGAAGUUGAAGGAAUUCUCAUUCAGUUAUACGUUUACGUUCAUACCCAGUUGUAGUUUAAUCUGAUGUAUGUUUAAAGACAGGCUUUUUCUAUAAACAUUUACAGAUACAAUAUAAGCUUUUUGGGCCAGUCUCCUUCUUCCAGUCUACUUUGUUAUAUCUAAUAAUAGAAGUGAACUACAUGGAUGUAUCGAAGAAUAAGAUAUGAUUAUCUUACAUGCUAAUCGUGCUAAAUCUGUUCAUUAAGAUCCUAAAAGUAUUUAUUAAUUUAUGGUGUCUUCCCUGUAUAUAUAAAAUAACCUACAUAUAACAGCAAGAGGUAUUCUUACCCCAUAGAUGGUGGCACACUAGUUCUGGGAUUUAAGCCUUUUAAAUCUCCAUGGAAGGGAUGCGGCCUCUGUUCUCACUGGAGUGGCACAGAACAUAUAUUUUUUAACACAUUUCUGUAUAGGCCUUAUGAGGAUGAUUCUUGAUCUCUAUUUUGUCUUUUCCUUCUCUGUUCGUUUAAUUUUCCCGUUGUCAACAGUGAUGGUAAUAUUUUUAACGGUUUCAGAAACCAGUUGUAUGGUGACGUCCUCAUUUAAUUCAGGACAGCAGCUGUCUUGCACAUCAGGUACGUGUGGCUUGCAUAGUCAUUUUUCCAGCAGAGAAUAAGGAAUCGCGUUUAACUAAAAUCAGAAUAUGCAUCUCACCAAUGAAGAAUAGAAGGAGGUGUUCUUUGCAGCUGUCUAGAAUCUUACCAGCCUUUCAAUGUCACAUAGCUGACAACAGCAAUACAUUUCUGUCUGCCUGAGGAUAUUUUUUAAUUGAACUUUUGACUUGUUUUACUACAACAAAAAUCAACAAUGUGCUUUCUAUUAUUGUAUUUUCAUUUGCCAGAUGGAGUGACUGUUGAAGGAGAACAAAGAAACAGAUUGAAAUGUAGUCAUUGAAGCUUGUUUCCCAUGGGAUGUCUCAUCUGUGGAGUCGGUGUAAAGCAUGAGCCACACCAGUUUGUGUACAGUAGAAACUGGUUAUCAAAAAGUGAGACACAGAAUUAUGAAAAGAGGACCCUUUUCAGUGUGUAGCCCAAGAAUUCAGAACAAUGAUUCUUGGAGGACUAUUAAUGUAUUUUUUUGGCGGGGGCCCUAAUUUUUAAGAGGCUGCGCAUACUGCAGAGCGCAUUUAUGCACUUUUAUUUCAUGUUCACAAGUGCAUCUCUGAUUUGCUCAGUUUUCUGUACUACAUGCCACUUUAAUGAAAGAAAAAAAAAUAAUUAAUUAAUUAAGCGUACAAAUGCUGAGCUCCUCUUCAAAAUAACCUGCAACUCAUUAUGGUAAAACCAUAUCUGAGAUCAGGAACCUGAGAGGUGUUCAGAAUUUUAAUAAAAUAAUAAAAUUUAAAUUAUAUUUUUUUCUACAUUUUAUAAAAACAAUUUAAAAAUAAUUUAAAAAGCAAAAAUCGUGAAACAGUGCUGUAGAUGCAGUGGGAUAAGGGUGAGGGUCUUGGCAAGUUCUAUCACAGAAAGUUCUCGAAAUAUAAAUAUGUUAGAUGGCUUGCAGGCAUAGUUGUAAAGAGCACAUUUUUCUAACAGUGGGCAGCUUCUGUGUCUCUGAAGAAAAUGUCUGCAACUCUCACAUAUGUUUUGGACACCGUAUAUAGGACUGCAACAUCAUGCCAGAAGCAAACCCUCAAAAUGUACCACAUGAAGGAAAGUCUGUAAUCAUCAGUUGCACUCUGGUACCUGUUUACCUAUGUUGAUGGAACUGUCUACUUUAUUGUCUGAUAUGUCUGGGUUUCAUAGUUCUUUUUUAUGUUUUUGUUUGUUUUUUAUUUUAAAUAUUCUGUAUAUUUUUGACAGUUGAAUUAUGGUAGAAAAUAUAUUUUGUAACUGCUUGACUGUUACAUUUAACAGUGAUGCAUUUUGUGAUAUGAUGGGUUUUUUAAAUUAACUGUUUAUGUACUUUAGAUGAUUUUACACUUUUGCAGUUCUUUCCAACUGUUCACUUGGAGUACACAAGACUGUUUAUUGUCAUACAUGAAAACAAUAAAUUAAUCUGUCCUUUAUGGAGGUUUGGGAUGGGGUCUACAUAAGAGAUGCCUGUUGUCCCAUUUGAGCCCAGCUGUUUCUCUGCAGUCACUUGAUUCUAUAUUUGUUUUAUCAGAGUAGAAGCGAGGUGGGGGUAAUGUCUUUUAUUCUGGAAUGGAUGUCACAACAUUAAUCUUUUCCCUGACAGGGGGUGCUGGGAUACAUCUUACCAUUUGCCUCACUCUGUUCAAGAAAAACAAUCCAGUGUGAGAUACUCACUGUAAAUAAAGUAGAUGACUGAA